ACAGGGGUGGAGGGAGGACAGGAAUGGCGCGCUGCGACCUCCCCGUCUGCCCAAGUUCUUUGUGGGUGAAGGGUUCGGGAUCUCACUCGCUUUGCUCCUUCCCGGUCUCCUUCAGGCAGCCCUGGGCGCUGGUGGGGGUCCUCGGAGGGGAUCAUCUUUCCACGGCAGAAGACAGACGGGAGUAUAGCGGGAAUGGAACAACGGGGUUAGCUGUAGCCCAAAGAGACUUCCUCACCUACGAUGGCACCCGGUUUACUGUCACUGCUUUCAGUGGAUGGUUGAAAGGGGUGCCUCAUAAUGGAUUUAAAGUGGAAGUGUCCAAAGGAAUAAUUCUUCAUUUGGUGGAUGAGGUUGCGAGUUGGUUACCUGGUGACCGGAUUGUCAUUGCCAGUACAGAUUAUUCUAUGCACCAGGCUGAAGAGUUUAAUCUCCUUCCUUGCCCUGAAUGUAAAAGUAAUCAAGUGAAAAUUGAUGGCAAACCACUUUACCUUCACAUUGGAGAAGUCAUUGAUGGCAUAGAUAUGAGGGCAGAGGUUGGUCUUCUGACUAGAAAUAUACUUAUUCAAGGAGAAAUGGAAGACUCAUGUUAUGGACAAAAUCAAUGCCAGUUUUUCUCCUUUGAUACGUUUGGAGGGCACAUUAAAAUCCUAAGGAAUUUUAGCUCUGUGCACAUGUCAGGAGUGGAAUUAAAAAACAUGGGCCAGCAAAUCCUGGGCAGUUACCCUGUGCAUUUUCACUUGGCUGAGGAUGUGGAUGAGAGAGGAGGAUACGACCCCCCAACAUACCUUGACAACCUGGCCAUCCACCACUGCUUCUCUAGGUGUGUUGCCAUACAUGGAACUCAUGGCCUUCUGGUCAAAGACACCAUUGGCUAUGACACCCUGGGGCACUGCUUCUUCCUGGAGGACGGCACGGAGCAGCGCAACACAUUCCAGCACAACCUGGGGCUCCUGACCCGGCCGGGCACGCUGCUGCCCUCGGACCGCAGCCAGCCCCUGUGCCUGGCCAUCCGCAGCCACGUCCACGGCAGCUACAUCCCCGUGCCCAGCACAGACUGCAUGGCUGUCAGCACCUUUUGGAUUGCAAAUCCAAGCAACAACUUAAUAGGGAACGCAGCAGCCGGUGCUCAGGAUGUUGGGAUCUGGUACAUCUUCCACCGGGUUCCCACUGGACAGUCUGAGGGGCGGUACCCAGAGGGACAGGCUGAACACACCCCUCUGGGAGUGUUUUACAACAACAGAGUCCACUCCAAUUUCAAGGCUGGUUUGUUUAUUGGAAAAGGAGUAAAGACGACCAGAGCCAGCGCUGAAGAUCCCAGAGAGUAUCUGACUGUCGAUAAUGCCAGGUUUCGCCCUCAUCAGGAUGCUGACCCUGAGAAGCCACGAGUACCUGCCGUGAUUGAGGGGCUUAUUGCUUUCAAAAACAACGACCACGGGGCCUGGGCCAGAGGUGGUGACAUUAUCUUCCGCAACUCGGGGUUUGCAGACAAUGGAAUUGGACUCACUCUGGCAAGUGAUGGGACUUUCCCGACAGAUGAAGGCUGCAGGCUGGAGGUUACACGCUCCAUUUUUGUUGGAGAAAGCAGCAACUUUGGCUCCCAGGGAGGCCAAAACAGCUACUGGGGGAAAGGGGCAAAUGGAGAAUACAGAACACUGCCCAGAAACAAGACGUUCCCUAUCCGUGGGUUUCAGAUUUACGAUGGGCCUGUCAGGAUGGCGAAAUGCACUUUCAGGAAGUUCACCCCAACUGCUGACAGAUACUCCAGUGCCAUUGGGUUCCUCAUGAAAAACCCCUGGCAGAUAAGCCCCCAGAAUAACGUGUCACAGAUCCUGAUGGAGAAAAGUGUUGGGUUGGAAGUGUUUUUUGGCAGGCCAGGCCAGUGGUUCGGAAGCAACGAUGAGGACGGUGACAAGACGUCCAUCUUCCACGACCUGGACGGGUCGGUGACAGGCUAUGCAGACACCUUCAGUGGCAGAGCAGACAACUCCUUGCUGCGGCACCCCGGGUGCCUGGCGGUGCCGCGCUGGAACGGGCGGCUCUGCACCGGCAGCUUCGCGCAGCUUUACAUCCAGGCCAGACACCCUGAGAACCUGACCUUAUCCAUUGCCAGAGCAGCAUACCAGUCCCAUCCCCUGAGGCUACGAGGCGUGAACAGAGCAGCACCCUAUCAGCAGUACCAGCCCGUCGUCAUGCUGGAGCAGGCUUAUAUCAUCCAGUGGGAUGGCAGAGCACCUGAGGACCUUAUCCUGUACCCCAUCAACUUCAACAGAGGAGACUGGCUGCGUGUCGCCCUCUGCUACCCUCGGGGAGCCGUUUUCCAGGUGCUGACGGACAUCUACCAGCGGCGGACCGGGAGGGUGCACAGCGUGCGGCGGUACCUCGCCGCUGCCUCCCGGGCCAGCGCCCUCAGCAGCACCGGCGAGCGGCUCUUCUACUUCGACAGAGCCUCCGGGUACCUAUUCGUUCGCCUGCAAGCCCGUGAAGCUCGGAAGGGACACAGCUACUGCUCGCAGCGAGGCUGUGAGCGUGUUAAAAUCAUGGCACGCAUGUCCCCAGGGGACCCCUGGAGCUGUGACACCAACCCCUUCCCAGAGAGGCCAGCAGCUGCCCAGCGCCCUGUGUCCCAGCACCCGUCUGGGCCGUGCAGGGCCUGCGGCGCCCCACAGCUUGCCAUCACUAGCACACCCUCAGUCCAGUACAUCAGGGUCCAGAUCCAGUCUCUCAGCAGUGCAGACAUCCAAAACCACACCUUGGCAUCUGCAUUCAUUAAGAUCAAUGACACCCUUCUCCCGUUCAGCCGCCGUGGCAUAUUCUUUGUGGUGCUGGAUGCGUGUUCAGGAGCAGUCGUGAGCAGGCAGCACUUUGACACAGUUACUGCUGAAAGUGCUGCCAGGGCAGUGACUGAUUAUGUUCAAACAGCUAUAAAAGACAGAGGUGCUGCAGCCAUGGUGGGGAGCUCGGAAAUGUCUGUCUUUACCAGGUUAGGUUCAGCAAAGCCUGUUGCAUUCCACAAGGAAGGGAGUUUUGCCAUGCUUGGCUAUAAAGGACAAGCCAAGCCCUCCUGGAUUAAAGUCCUUAAUCAUGCUGCUUAUCAGGAAGCUGCUUCUCUACAGCAUUAUGUUCCCUUGAAGCUGGAGGAAUAUCAGUGUCCAGCUAAUGCUGACGAGCCGCUGCAAUUCGCUUUGUCUCAGAGCCGCUCCGAGCAGAGCCCUGCAGAUGCUGUGGCGCCCCAGGGUUAG